AUGCAGGUGGCAGAUUUGCAGAUCCUGAAAGUCGAGGAUGUUGAUAGCCUCGUCCGGAAAUUCACUGAAGAGGUUGACAAGUCCGUGCAGCUUCAGGCAAGCCGAUGUUCUCGACUGGAGGAGGAUCUUGCUGUGGUCAAAGCAGCUGAAAGCACGACAGAGGCAGAUCGGCGGAGAUGUGUCCAGCUCGAAAAAAUGGUCGAUGCGUUGGUACAGCAGCGUCGCCAAGAUUUGCAGCAAUCGCAGGAAAACUUGCGUGAAAUUGAUGCUAGGUUUCAUGACCUGGAUCAGAAGGAGAAGCAGGAGAAAAGCUGGCCAAAGGAAGCAGAGGCAAUUCGACAGGAAGUUCAGGAUUUACGGUCGACACACAUUCCGUCGCUGUUUCAACAGCACAUGAAGGCUAUGAAAGCCAUGCAAGAAGGGCUGACCGUCGUCCGUAGUGAGGUGAAGAAGCUUGGUGAAAUCCUGGAAGCCGUCCAGGCAACCCAAAAUGGCCCUGGCAGAGAGGAGCAGUCUGAGAAAGCAAGGGAAGUGCUGGCUUUGAAGGUCCAAGUGAGCGACUUGCAGGAGCAGGUGACGGAGGUGGUGGUCCGAGGGCUGGAAGAGCGGUUUGCGAGCUUGAGGGCAGAUGUGUCCAGGGAGGUCGCUUCAGUUCUUAGAGAGAACAAGGAGGAUCGAUCAGCUGCCUGGCGAAGACUUUCUGCUCUGGAGGCUUGGCCAGCAUCGCAAGCAGAGCUCAGUGCAGAAUUUCAUCGUCUUCGGCAACAACACGAGGAGGAUCGGGGCCUCAUGGAGGUUCUGCGCCGUGAUGUGGAAGGAUUGGGAAGACAGGUGGUACAACUUCGGAGAGACUUUGCCAUUGCUCAAGACCCUACAGCAGAGGCUGCAGUGAUGGAGACGGAUGCUGCAUCUCGUGCGGGGUUGCUGGAAGGCCUCUUUGGCACGUCAGUGCCUGCCAUACCCACGGAGGAGGUGACUUCAGCUCCCAAGGCC